AUGGUGCAUGCAGGAAGGGACUCAGGAAAAGCGGAAAAACAUAAAGAGGAGGUCAACGCAGUGAAGCGCACAGACACUCUCAAUGUAGAAAAGAACAGAGCUGGAGGCAACUUACCAAAGAAGAAUUGCAGCUCGGAAGGCCACAUAAACUUCAAAGGAGAAAGUAACGAAUUUUCUGAACUAGCCAAAGAGAGUAAAUCUUCUUCCAUGGAUGUGGGCUUGGGUUCUGCAGCUUCAGAUGAGCCUUCCACUCUGUCCAAGGCAGGUAAGGAGAAUCAACAUCCGAUGCGAAGUACCGACCACGACUCGCAUGGGAGCUCCCCCUCUCUGUCUAAGAAGAACAGCAAGACAUUCAGUGUGGAUCAUUCAGAAAAGGAAGCUUGUAAUGAUAUGAAAAAGAAAAUGAAAGAAGACCGUAGUGAGGGUGUAAACGGGAAAGCAGAAAGACAGAAAAGUCUUGGGUCGAAUGUAAAAGAGGAGGGACCCCACGCUAAGGCAGACCAUAGAAGGGAUGAGAACAGGAGAGACGCACAUGGAGAAGAGGUCACAAGUCAUGAAAAAGGAAAGGCACCAAAGAAAAUAAAAAACGUUAAUGAGUAUCUCUUAGAAAGAAGAAGCAGCCAAAAAAUCACCGUCUUUGUGGGGGAAAAAAUGCAAAAGGCGAAAGCGGAUUUCAAGUACGGUGAGGAUCCACAUGCGAAUGUGACUUGUAGGACAGACGGGGAUGACAUGAAUGGAGGUUCUCAUGUGGAAGUUAGCCAGGACCCGCAAGCAGUCAGUGAACAGAAUAGGGUCAUUGAAAAGAAACAGAAACAAACAGUGUUCACUGCACAGUUGUGUAAGCGAAGUAACGCCGAUGCUAGGGCGUGUGAAGAACUUGUUAAGGAGAAGCCUAAGAAAACGAUUUUUGAAGCACAGCUGUGUAAGAGGAGUAGUGCAGAUGCAAGGGCUUGUGAGGAGCUAUACAAGAGACAAGAAAAAACGAUUUUCGAAUCGCAGCUGUGCGAAAGAAGCAACGCUGAUGCGAGAGCAGGUGAGGAGCUAACCAAGAAAAACCCUGAACAGACCAUCUUCGAAGCACAACUAUGUGAACGAAGCAAUGCUGAUGCUAGAGCGGGUGAGGAGUUAGCUAAGAAGCAAGAGAAAACGGUUUUCGAAUCGCAGGCCAGCCUUACUAGCAAAGCCGACGCGAGGGCUUGUGAUCGAUUGGAGGAUAAGCUUGGCGGAGAGAGCGUGGUGUACGAGGCGCAGAAGUGUGUAAACAGCGUUGCAGAUUUUAAGUCUUCAGACAAGAUAAAGGAGGUGAUGAAGAGGAACAUGGCAGAUGAGUGCCACUCAUUGUGA